UGUCUUUGUCUCUACCCAAAAUCAACCUAGAAUCCGGAAACUAGACAAGAUGGCCGCAUACCUCAAUCAACGUCUUUCUCAUCCUCAUAUUUCUCAUCCGCAUCAUGGCAUCCAGGUGUCACGGUCUGGAACCCCAGCCCUCGAAAAGAGCGCAAAGUGUGCCGCGCCUAUUGUAAACGUCGCUGCCAAGAACGUCCCAUUCUUUACACCUGAGCAGGAUCCCGUUGCCGGCAGUCCAUCAGCCACUCAAUCAUCCGGCAACCCUGUUCCCAAACUUUUCACACCGUUGAAAAUUCGUGGUGUAGAAAUGCCAAAUCGUAUUUGGGUGAGCCCUAUGUGCCAGUAUAGCGCUCACGAGGGUUUCCACACACCUUGGCACAUUGCCCACUAUGGCGGCAUGGCCCAGCGCGGUCCUGGCCUGAUUAUGCUUGAAGUUACCUCUGUGCAAGCUAAUGGCCGUAUUACUCCCGAGGACUCUGGCAUUUGGCUUGACGCACAUAUCGACACUUUGAAAAAGCACGUCGACUUUGCACACAGCCAAAAUGCUCUUAUCGGGAUUCAACUUGGCCAUGCAGGCCGCAAAGCUUCCACAGUUGCGCCUUGGCUCAGCUCUGGCGCUACAGCUACUGAGGAAGUUGGCGGCUGGCCAUCCAACGUGGUAGGGCCCAGUGAAGAGCCAUUCAACGAGCACUAUCCUACACCACGAGCUCUAAGCCUGGCAGAGAUUACGCAGUUCAAAAGCGAUUUUCUUUCCGGUGUACGCCGAGCACUUCGCGCUGGGUUCGAUGUAAUUGAACUACAUUUUGCUCAUGGUUACUUGGUCUCAAGCUUCCUUUCGCCAGCGGUUAAUAAACGGACGGAUAUAUAUGGAGGAAGCUUUGAGAACCGCACUCGUUUGGCGCUUGAAAUAGUAGAUGCAACAAGGGAGAUUAUUCCUGCAGAUAUGCCCCUGUUUGUGCGAAUCAGCGCGACUGACUGGCUCGAUACAAACCCAACCUGGAAUGGCGGUCCAAGCUGGACCGUAGAGGAAAGCGUUCAGUUUUCCAAGCUCCUGGCCCAACGCGGAGUCGACGUUCUGGAUGUGUCAAGUGGCGGAAAUCAUGUACAGCAGAAAGUUAUUGGCGGACCAGGAUAUCAAGCACCAUUUGCAAAGGCAAUUAAAGCGGCGGUGAAAGAUACCAUGCUAGUAAGCUCAGUGGGGAGCAUCAAGACGGGCCUGGAAGCGCAGAAGAUUAUUGAUGGCAACCAGAACGGCGAUCAGGACGCUAGCGAUACGCCACUGGAUUUAAUUGCUGCAGGCCGAAUGUUUUUGAAAAACCCAGGACUUGUGUGGGCGUGGGCUGACGAAUUGGGUGUUACGAUCAAUGUUGCGCAUCAGAUCGGAUGGGGUUUUGGCGGAAGGGCGUCAAAGAAAACAGCGAAGCUCACAGUUCCUUGAUCACAGUAGAUAGAAUAUGUCGUAACAAUCUCGGUUGCUUAGUUCUGCUACUACCUAUGAAGAAAGAAUAGAUUAUC